CGAGAGGACUUUAGGGUUGACCAAACAAAAUGAGCCAAGAACAGCUACCUAUAGCUAAUGACGUAAAAGAAGAGGCCAAAAAGACUCCGGCGACGGAGGGAGGCAUUGCGGCGGAUGACAAAGAGAAAGCUGUUGUCGCCGAGUCUUCCGGUGGACAGGACGAGGGAGAAGUAAACCAGAAAAAGCCGGAAGGUACCAUAACAAUCGGAGAGGCUCUAGAGGCAGCGGUUCUUACGGCAGGGAAUAAGCCGGUUGAGUGGAGUGACGCAGCGGCUAUACAAGCGGCUGAGGUUAGAGCCACGGGAAAGACCAACAUCAUGCCGGGCGGUGUUGCCGCCUCGGCUCAAUCAGCUGCCACUCUCAACGCUCGAGCUAACUCCGAGGACGACAAAACUACGCUCGCAGAUGUUCUCACUGGAGCGAGUAGCAAAUUACCGUCGGACAAACCAGCAACGAGGAAAGACGCAGAGGGAGUGACAGGUGCAGAGAUGAGGAACGAUCCUCAUCUCACUACUUACCCAACCGGUGUGGCAGCCUCUGUCGCUGCGGCAGCUAGGAUUAAUCAAGCCAAGUGAUACCAUUCUUCUUUCUUGGCAGCUACGUAACUAAUGCUACUGAGAAGCUAUGUAUGUAAACUAAAAACUAUUUGUGUAUAUGUUAAUGUAUAUAAGAUUUUAAAGUUUUUGAAGUACAUGUAAGCUACAUUAGUUCAAAGAAUAUCCAAGAAGAUCAGAAUGAAAUACAUAAGUUAAACAAACAUGGUAAGAAACCUCUUGCGUAUUGCAUCCUCAGCGAGAAAGAAUAAAGACAGUCACAUGAACAAAGAGAGAUAAAACAGCACACAGAAUAAAUCGGUACAAGCUAUAAGAAAGAAUACAACCCAAGUGAUA